CGUCCGCUGCGCACGCCUGCGCCGCUGCACAACGCCAGUCCAAUAAUGUAAAUACACUUGCAGCUAUCAUCUUAGGCGAGGACGACGGUCGGGGGGGCAGAGAGCGCUUGAAGCGGAAUGCCUAGAAGCGCCACCUCGCAGCCCUGCCCGUUAUGCGCUGGGCACCUAGAUAUCUUAUGCUCCAACGCUCGCGGGCGCGAAGAGCAGCUGGCAACGCACCUCGAGCGGGCGCACCUUGCGCCUUGCUUCGAGGGGCCUGGACCAGCUCGCCCCUGGCGGUGUCCCAUAUGCAACGACAAGCGCCGCUCGUACGGGAAAAGCUUGGGGUUGGCUCAACACUUCCUCAAAGUCCACGCAGCUGCUAGCAGUGCCCCAGGCCCACCAAGGCCCCCCAUCGCUGGGGCCGCCACCGGCACCACCACCACCUCCCAGCCAGGAGCGGCGUCCGAUGAUGCACGACUGCCCCAAGCCACCCUGCAAGCAGCGGUAAAGUCCGGAGCCUUGCUGGAACCGCCACGCCUGCCAUGGUUGCCACGGCCUACCUCAACGUCACGUGCUCCAGCCUCUGUGCUGCUGGCCUCCUGGAACCUGGAGCACUUCAGCCUGAUGGCCGCUGAAAGCAGCCUGGCAGCACGCAAGGUCGCCAACGUGUGUGCCACGUUGCGACAACUGUGUGCGGCGGAGGGCGGCGGCUGCGCGGUGGUGGUGGCGCUGCAGGAGGUGUUCAGUGCGGAAGCGGUUAAUUUCAUGACUGCAUACCUCAACGAGCGCGAGAAGCCAGCGGCGGCCGCGGCGGCGGGUGCUGCCGUGGUUGGCACGGCCGCCGGUGGAGAAGGUGGAGGAGGUGAAGGCCGGCGCACGUGGCACUGCGUCACCUCUGAGCCGCUGGGCAACAACGCCGAGCGGGCCGCGUUCCUGUGGAGCGGCCCGCCCAGCCCCAGCCCCGGCGCAAACCCGCCACCGCCGUCCGGCGCGGGGCGCUGGCUGCCGCGCUGGCUGCCGUGCGGGCGGCCCGCCGCCCGGCCGCCGCCUGCGCCGCUUUUCGCCGACCCCGAACACAGCUUUCGGCUGUUGCGGGAGGAGGGCAUGAAGACGGUGCUACGCGGGCGGCAAGAGCAGGUGGCUGAGGGCCGCUUCAUCCGGAGCCCCUUCUUCGGACUGUUCAGGGUGGGCUGGGCCAACCUGCUGGUGCUCAAUGUGCACCUAGCGGCGGACCCAGCUGCAGCACGCUCGGAGGUGGCCGCCCUGAACCGCCUGGCCGCAGCCAUAGAGGCCCCCAACUGCCGCCUGCUGCGCCGCCGCCUGCUCGGGGGCCUGCUGCGCGGCCGCCGCCGCCGCGGCCUGGUUGCCAUUGCCGGCGACUUCAACUGCUCGCCUCCGGGUCGGCCGGUUGCGCCCACUGUGCGGCCGCCCGCCUGCGCUGUGGCCGGCGGCGGCAGUCAGCCGGAGGCGGACACACGAGCGGGCGCUGAGGCGGGUGGAGUUGCGGCGGAUGCCGCGGCUGUGGAGGUCAGUGUGCACGUGAGCCGUGGAGCGCUGCCUGCACCGGGGCCUCCUGCGCAGGCAGCGCCCAUAGCGGCAGCAAGGGCAGGCAAAGCGGCCGCAGCAGGGGAGAACGGGUGGGACACGCUGUCCAGCAAGGGCUGGGUGAAUGUCCUGGCGGCUGCCGACGGCGCCACUGCAGCAGGGCCGGGGGCAGGCGCAGCUAGCAGCGGUAACGCUGGCGGCGGCAAGUCGCAGGCGGCGGCCCCGCUGCCGGCAACUAAUUGGAGGGCCAAGCAGCCGCGGGCUUUGGAUGCCAUAUGUGUGCGGGCGGAUGACGUGGCAGAGGGGGUGGGCGCGUCACAGAGGCAAGGCAGUGGCUGUGCCUGUGCAGGCAGCAGCUGUAGCAGCAGCGGUGGCAGCCGUGGCGGGAAGGGCAGGGCGGUGGUCACGGGGCGCGGCGUGUGCGCCCCGCCGCCCUACGUGGACCCGCAGCAGCCGGCCGUGUACCCCAACCACCUGCUGUGUUGGGUGCGGCUGGACCUGACGCCGCUGCAGCAGGCCCCGGGCAAGCCGCGGGCGCUCCUGGCGCCAGCCCGGCUAGGGUAGUGGCAGUCUGCAGUGGCGGCAGGGCCUGGACACGCCUGUUGGGCGGCAAUGGCGCGGGCCUGCCUGCGACCCGUGUGCCUGGCGCCGAUGGGAUGGAGUAGGGGAGCAGGGAAGCAGUGGCAGGGAGGCAGGGUGGGGGGAGGUACCUAGGCAACGGUGCUCAGGCCAGGCGUAGGCGGGCGGGCACAGAUAUGGUAAACGCGCAUGCCUUCUGGUAACUAUUGUAAGACGGCAAUGGACCAACGGCUGUAACAAGACUGAGUU